GCCACGUGACCUGCCGAGUAGGAAGUGUCGAGCUAGCAGUCAUCAUCAUCAUCAUCACCACCAACAGCAGCAGCAGCAGCAGCUAGAAAAGACGAGGAGGGAGCCGCGACGUUCCGCUUUCCACGUUUCUCGACGUUUCCGUGGGGAUAAAACUCGUCUCUGUGUGAACCAGGCUGAACUGGAAGUCGGCCGCAGUCAUGUCCGUGAAGGUGGUGUUUUUCGCCGCAGCCCUGGCGCUGAUUGGCGCAGCAGCCGCGGUAGACGCAGAUGAAUGUUCCACCAUGUUGUCAUGUAAGGACUGUUUGAACCACACUGACUGCCAGUGGAUGAACUGCCCAACGGGGUUAGUCUGUCACAACGCUACCCUUAAAGCCAACGAAUCCUGCAGCAACGCAAGCUGUUCAUCUGACCCUACACCGGUUCCAGCUACUACCGCUCAUACAUCUGUUGCCACCACCGCCGCCUCUAACAGCUCUACUACAGUGAACACAACGUCUGUCCCCACCAGACCGAGUCCUAGCAACAGUUCCACCACCGUAACUCCAGUUUCCACCUCAGCACCGAACACCACAGCAGUGGCGCCUCACAAGAACUCAACGUUCGAUGCUGCGAGCUUCAUCGGUGGAAUAGUGCUGGUCCUUGGCCUUCAGGCUGUCAUCUUCUUCCUCUACAAGUUCUGCAAAUCCAAAGACCGUAACUACCACACCCUCUGAAGUGGCUGCGCUUUGGGAUCCAUCCCGUCGUCUCCGAUUUAGACCCUCUGAGCACGCACCCAUCAGGGUGGACUCAAACAGCGUUUCCAUACAGUUUUUUUUUUUUUUUUUGUAUGUCAUAUCAGAUGUUUAGACCUGCAUGAAUGUAUGAUUCAUCUCAUUUCAACAUCCUUAGCUGGAGUCAAUCUCCUCCGACGUGCAUUUAGGUCUCAAACAUGUAGAUUAUGUAACCACGCAGCUACCCCUCCACCUCCAUCGUGUUGCCGGUAGUCAUCCUGCAUAGAGCGUUUUCCAGUGAAUUGAGUGGGCUUGUGUUAUUUACAGCCCCUCUUCCUCCUGCCUUCCUCAAUUAAAUGCGCCACAUGAGAGAUAAAGAAUUAGUCGUGCAAACACAGUAGCUUUCCUGUUGAUGUUCGCCUGAUUUGGAAACACUGUUUGAGCUUCUGUUAAAUGUGGCAACAGAUGAUUGAAGAUUGCUUUUAGUCUGCUUUUGAUCUGAUGGGAAUAAAAGCAACAAUUAAUCAUCUGGUGUCAAGCCUAGGUAGAAAAAAAAAAAAAUCUGUCUUAAGUGAGUUUUAAGUGUUUUCUGCUGUACGGUCCUCUCAACCCAACAAAAGAUAUUCAAAAAUGUCAAACGCCAACUGCCAGAAGAGCAGCACAACGCAAUAAUUAAUGUAUAGAGCUAAUUUCAGAAUCCCAAAUCUCCCGGAUGGUUUAUUUUUCUGGUCAUUAAAAUCUUACGUUUUCUGUUUUUGCUGUUUAAACCAGGUCAAAGUGAGUUAUUAUAGAUUAUUUCUAAAUUGUUUGUGCCGAAGAGGAUGAGGUGGCAUGCACAUUUCUUGACGUGGACAGUGAAGUGCCUUUGAUGUCCAGUGUGAGUGAAAACGAGUAAAGGAUGUUUUUCUUUCUUUCUUUCUUUCUUUCUUUCUUUCUUUUGUUCCUAUUUGUUGUGAAAAGUAACAGUAUCGCGGCGCUGAUAUUGCUUAGAGCUGUAGUGUCCCAGCUGGACUGAAGAGCCUUUUUAUUGUGGAAGAAAAACAUGGAUGUCUGUCCUUCCAGAGCCUCGGUCGGGCCUGUAGACGCGGCUGAAAGCCCAAACGCUGCGGGACGAAUGCGCCAUCACGCCACUAGAGACUCCGGAGUGAAUAAUUUAAACAGAAUUUCCUUCCACUUUACCACAUCAUGGUUCAGAGCUGACUGAGCUGGCAGGAAAAUAUUUUAUUAUAGAGGCAACAUACCUGGAAGUAUAGUUUAUAAUAGGAUAUUAUUAAAAAAUAAAUAAAGAUAUUAGGUUUUAUCUUAAUACAUGCGUGUUCAGAAGAGGCGUCAAAUGUCGACUGGGUGUCAAGUAAGGAUUUCACCUCUAUUUUAUUCAUUUAUAAUGUAAAGGUGAAGAAUAACAGCAUAGUGGCUGUGUUGAAGCCUAGGCUUCUUGCUAGCUAGCUGCUAACCUUUUUAUUUUAUUUUUUUUUCUCUAUAUUCCUAAGUUGUGUCCAACCUGUAAAUAGCCACGUCUUGUUUCUGUCCUGCUGAAAGAAAAGCAAAACGUUGAUCAGAGCAUUUAGGUUUGCAGUGGCUCUUUUUUUUUUUUUUUUUUUAAUUAAUGGCUUUAUUUACCCGUUGGUGCAUGCUGGAUGCUUUUCUCAUUGCAUAUGCAACUAGUACUUUAGAUCCAUUCAAAAACCACUUCAUUAUUGUUGUUAUUAUUUUGUUUUGAUUAGCUCAUGCUAAUGGAAGAAUGCAUCUAAACGGCGUACAUGAAGCGAAAGUCCUCAGUUUUUGGCAUGUUCUGUGACCCUAUAUUUUUGUAUUUUUGCAAAUGGCUUCUGGUUUAGCGCACAAAUAAAAUUAGACGCUUGUUUAAAUAUCAAGAUUAUGUGACCACAAAGCAAUUGAUGAAUGCAGAUGUUUCCUUAUGCUUGUAUAGUUUGAGGCUGCAUGGUUCCUGCUGCAUUAACCUCCAGUCAUGAGCGGGAAGGCUUGAAAACAUCCACCUUGGCAGCAAGCGUGUCGGUUUCCCUCUCUGCUGCAUGUCCAGUCCAUUUGCACAAGUGAAGAGAAGUGUUUUGAGCGCUGUUCACGGCCGUCGAGCAGUCUCUGCUUUUUCUGUGACGGCUCGUCGACAUCCUGGCGUGUCACAACACAGCGGAUGCCCGGCGUCCGUCGUGGUUGCGUCUCGGUCUGCGCACCUCUCGAGGAAAAGUGCCUUAUUCAGUUAUCGUCCAUUUCACUUUAAUUGUUAAAAGAAAAAAGAAAAAAAAAAACGCCACACGGACUGAAUAUCGGUGGGACUGGGCACUUUCAGGCUCGUGUAAAAAUGGUUUUCUUUGUUCUGCGUAAAUGUUGGUUUGUUGCUCUCAGCCUUAAUCUUUUUUCAAUCUAGCCCACAGAGCAAAGUGACAAGCUGUUCAGGCAGGCAGCGCUUAAGCCACUUUCUCUUUCAGAUUACUACCUUAAACUUGAAUGCUGCUUUUUAAAGACAGACAAACAUCAAACAAAUCGCUGAAUUGAGUCUGGCUGCAGCCUGAGCAGCUUCUCAGCUCCUAUUUGUAAUAAAACACACACACACACACACUGGUGAAGUAACCACAAGCUGACCUCUAGUGUUCUCUGUUUCAACAUGCCAAGCCACUUCAGUUGUAACUCGCUUCUGUUUUCUGUUGUGAAGGAUUUCAGAGCGUUGAGCCUAGGAUUUGUUCGACCACCGUUCCAGUUUAACCAGGCAGUGUUUUGCCUUCUUUAACUUUGUGGCUUUAAUGCUAAUUGCACACACUAGCGCUGCGUCUGUCACUGUCCAUUAGUCCUGUUGGUACGACUUGUGGCUUUUUUUUUUUUGUAUUUUUUUAUUUCUAUCUCUCUCUCUCACCUCUCGAACACAAACUUAUAUAUAGCCAUACAUAGACACUGAACAGUGCCACAAUGCCUCCUCUUGAAUGGUAUUUGCUUCUUUUGUGCCACCCUACUUUUUUUUUGUGCCUCUGACACCCCCCCUCUGAUUUCUGGCCUUGUUUUUCUGGUGUUGCCUUUAGUUUUACAAUGUUAAACCAAUAAAGUUUGAAUAUUGUUAAACAAA